UCUUUUCUCCUCUGAUAAGAGAAACAGCUAGCAUAGCAAAUAGCAAGACAGGCAACAUGGAAGAACAACUUUUACAUCCUAAGGGAAACAUAUUACCCGUUGGCACGUCCUGUUCAACGCCUGUUGUUCUAAGCACUUGUGUUGUUAUGUGUGGUUCCUUGGCUUAUGGAUUUGCUGUUGGCUACUCUUCUCCUGCCCAGUCCAGUAUCAUGGCUGACCUGGGGUUGUCCAUUGCAGAUUAUUCAGCAUUUGGAGCUAUUCUGACACUUGGUGGAAGUAUAGGUUCGUUAGUGAGUGGCACUAUUGCAGAUAUGGUUGGGCGGAGAGUAACAAUGUGGAUUAUGGAUCUCUGUUUCAUCCUGGGGUGGCUAUCUAUAAUUUUUGCAACGAGCGUGUGGUGGCUUGAUAUUGGAAGAUUUAUAAUGGGAGUCGGAGCUGGACUUCUCUUUUAUGUGGCUCCUAUAUACAUUGCAGAAAUCUCACCAAAGAGUAUUCGAGGUGGAUGCACAGCUGCGCUUGCGUUCAUGGUAUAUUUUGGUUUUUCACUGAUGUUUCUGAUCGGGAAUUUCCUGACUUGGCGCACCUUGGCUAUAGUAGGAAUUAUACCCUCUUUGGUGCAGUUAUUAGGCAUAUUCUUCAUACCAGAAUCUCCAAGAUGGUUGGCAAAAAUUGGUCUGAUCAAAGAAGCAGAAGCAUCUCUACAAUAUCUGAGAGGAAAAAAUGUUGAUAUUUCUUUAGAAACAGCUGAAAUUAAGGACAACGUGGAGUCACUUGCACAUCUUCCACGAUCAAGAUAUCUGGACAUGUUCAACCGUAAAUAUGCUCAUUCACUCAUUGUAGGAUUGGGAGUAAUGAUUUUGGUGCAGUCUGGAGGAACUGAUGCGAUUUCAUCUUUCGCUAGUUCAAUUUUCAAAAAAGCUGGUUGCUCGGUCAGUUUUGCAACUACAACUAUGGGAUUCAUCCAGCUCCCUUUUGCCGCUAUGGGCAUAUUCUUACUGGAUGCUGCUGGAAGACGGCCAGUUCUGAUGGUUGCUUCUGCUGGGACAUGCUUAGGAAACUUUCUUGUAGGUGUAGGCUUUUUGUGUAAGGAUUAUGAUCAAAUGAGUCAAAUCUCUGCCACAUUGGUGUUAAUUGGCAUACUGGUAUUUGGCAUAUUUUACUCAAUGGGUGUGGGUGGUGCAACUUCGACCAUUGUUUCAGAGAUAUUUCCUAUGAACAUAAAGGGAUCAGCUGGAAGUCUUGCAAUUGUAUGCAACUGGUUUACUUCUUGGAUCGUCACAUAUGCUUUCAACUUCUUAUUUGCAUGGAGUCCUUCAGGUGUGUUCUUCAUGUUCACAUUUUUUUCCGGGUUGAUGAUCCCAUUUGUUGCAAAGAUAGUACCAGAGACGAAAGGACGGACACUCGAAGAAAUUCAGGCAUCCAUGACACUUCGAAAACCUGACGCAAAGGGAGUGUCAAAAAGGGGAACACCAAAGAUACAAGAAGCAGGCAACUAUUGCAAUUACAAAGAUAAACGUACAUCACAUCAUCGUAAAAAUGUGAACGUAGCUUUGGCGCUGAAACAUACUAUGACUGAAAGCAUGGAAGAAGGUUUGUUAGAUAGGAGUAGUCUCAGAAAAGAAAGCUGGCAAUUCCAUGUUACUGCAAAUGUCAUUUUGAGUUCCUCAGUUGCUGCCUGUGGUUACUUUGCCUAUGGAUUUGCUUCUGGAUAUCCAUCUCCUGCGCAAUUAGGGAUCAUGGAUGAACUGGGACUCUCUAUAGCAGAAUACUCAGUUUUUGCUUCAAUCAUGACAUUGGGAGGAAUGAUUGGUGCACUGAUAAGUGGAAAGGUGGCUGAUGUUUUUGGCAGGAGAGUUACAAUGUGGCUUUUGGAUUUGUUUUUUAUCUUGGGCUGGUGUUCAAUAACCUUUGGCAAGAGAGUUUGGUGGCUUGAUUCUGGAAGGUUGCUGAUGGGAGUUGGUGCAGGAAUUCAGUUAUAUGUGGCACCUAUAUACAUUUCAGAGGUCACACCGAAGAAUAUCCGAGGGUGCUUUGUAGCAGCUGCCGCAUUCACGUUGACUCUUGGCUUUUCACUGUCGUAUUACAUUGGGAAUAACAUGAGCUGGCGCACUUUAGCUCUUGUAGGUGCUAUCCCUUGCUUUAUACAGGUGCUAGGUGUAUUCUUCAUACCAGAGUCUCCUCGGUGGUUGUCGAAAAUUGGUUUGGAGAAGGAGGUAGAAGCAUCACUACAACGUCUGAGGGGUGAAAAUGCAGAUAUUUCCACUGAAGCGGCUGAAAUAAAAGACUUUACCGAAACAGUUCAGCAACACUCAGGAUCUAAAUUUAUGGAGUUGUUCAGCAGGAAAUAUGCUCGUCCACUGAUUGUUGGAACAGGGUUAAUGGCUCUCGUGCAGUUUGGAGGGAGUAGUGCAAUAUCUUCUUUUGCCAGUUCAAUUUUUAGAGCAGCUGGUUAUUCGGCAGAGUCAGCAUCUCGAGUCAUAGCAGUUCUUCAGAUUCCAUUUGCUGCCAUGAGUAUUAUCCUUACAGAAAAAGCUGGGCGACGACUUCUUAUGAUGCUUACUUCGGCUGGGGCUUGCUUAGGAUGCUUGCUUGCAGCAUUGGGAUUUCUUUUUGAGGAUUAUCAUCGAUCAGCAGAGCUAACCUCUUCAAUGGUGUUCACUGGCAUACUGCUCUUUUCUAUAUCUUCCACAAUGGGCAUGGGUGGUACCCCCUGGAUAAUCAUGUCAGAGAUACUUCCUAUAAACAUCAAGGGCUCUGCUGGAAGUCUGACAACGUUGGUCAACUGUUUUACUUCUUGGCUAGUUGGUUAUACCUUUAAUUUCCUAUUCCAAUGGAAUGCAGCAGGAAUAUUCUUCUUGUUUGCGUUCUUUUGUGGCUCAGUCGUUGUAUUCGUUGCAAUGCUGGUACCAGAGACGAAGGGACGGACACUUGAAGAAAUCCAGGCAUCGAUGACAGUACUCCAAUGAUAUCAUAUGUUCUUCAACCUUCAUUCAUGAUGACUACUUGUAUCAUUCAGAACUGAAAAUGUGUAUUAAGAUUGAUGUUGUUAUGUUCAGGCAACUGGCUAGGCAAUUUCCAGUGAAUUCAAUGAAUGCACUUAUCUUCA